CAAAUGUGUGGUUUCUGUCUUUUAAAAAAGUUUGAAAAGCAGUGUGAUUAUGACGAGUCCUCGCAAUUUGCCUGUGAUACCGAGAGGAGAAUGAAUGGUCAUGUGAAGAGUAUGCAUUUUCAACAGUUGAUGGAGGCAGCAGCAGCAUUACUCUCUCUCCUGCUGGUUAUGGCUGUUGAUUCAACGAGAACUGUGGCAGCAAGCAGAAACCAGGAGUGUGGGAAUUCUCUGCAGCAGACUUUGAAGCUGACCAGACUCGUACAGAAGGAAUCUGUCGACCUAAUCAAAACAUAUAAAGCCUCCCAAGGAGAAAUGGCAGAGCUCUUCUGCAAGGUGACAGUCGCCGACGUCCCCGACCCCAACAUCUCCGGCCUGGAGCCCUCAGAGAGGCUGGCGAGCAUCUCCAUCCAUCUCCAAGCCUUCUUCCCGCAUUUCAAACGGGUGUACGAGCAGCAGACAGACUUACAGUCGCCCACAAGCCCGCUGCUGGCCGAGCUCAUCACCGUCAGCACUCGCAGCAAGAGCCUGGCCACUCUCAUAAACAGCCUUUAUCAGAGCCUCUUCCCAAACCUGCCGGUGCCGGAGCCGGCGGGGGGGCCGACAACACUACCUCCACCUCAGAACGUCUUCCAGCAGAAGGUCUACGGCUGUGUGGUGCUUAAGACCUACAAGGAGCUCUUGGCAAAUGUUUCCAGAGAGCUUAGGACUCUAAAAAACAAAGUGUGCAGGAGGAGGAUACAAAUAAACACACUCUUCUUGUGAGGAUGACCUAAGGCUGGCCUUAGACAGUCUGCUUUAAACUCAGUGGGUUGAUAAAGACUUAAAAAGAUAAGUGAAUAUGAGGGUGACUGGUACAUCAGUGUAAUGAAGCCUAUUUAUGGUAUUUAAUAUUUAUUUUCUUGUAUGUUUCUGAUGAGUGGAGUGCUGUUAAAAGAUCAAGAGUGUGAAGGUAUUGAUUGCAAGUCACUUAUAUUUAAUUUGUCUGAUAUGUAAUGUAAGGUUCUCUUUUGCUGAUGUAAAGUUAUUUGCUGUAUACAGAAUUAUUAAAAGAUAUUUUGCAGCUCUA